AUCGAUCUGUUCAUUGCAUUAAUUACCACCUGUUCCAUUCCAUUGCUGUUUCCCUUGGUCUUCUUCUUCUUUGCAUGUUCACAUAUCACUAGGUAGCCAUACUAUCGUCAACAUGGCCGAUACCGACACCGUCCGCCGGCGCAAGCCCGAAUCCAAGACACCUGCCACCAACGAGCCCGGUCACGAUACGGCCUCAGCUACCGAAGACUCCGAUGUCGAAGAGAUCAUCCGCCCCGGCUUUCCUCCCCACUCCGAAUCCCGAAAUGGCGGCAAGAAAAAGAAAGCUCCCAAACGCCGAAUCGAAGACGAAGACGAAUCCAACCCCUGGCUCCUCGACAUCCUCCGUGUCAUUUCCUUCCUCUUCCUGGCCUCUUGCGGUCUCAGCUACCUCAUCUCCAAUGGCGAGUCCUUCUUCUGGGGCAUGUCUCACCCGCCCAACUAUCUCCAGUUAGAAUGGUGGAAGUCUCAAUUGCGCGGCCCCAUCUACCUCACCCCGGCCGAACUCGCCGCCUUCGAUGGCACCGAUGAAUCCAAACCCAUUUAUCUCGCAAUCAACGGCACCAUCUAUGACGUCUCCGCCAACCGACGCACCUACGGUCCGGGCGGUUCCUACCACGUCUUUGCCGGCGUUGACGCUUCGCGCGCUUACGUCACCGGCUGCUUCGCCGAGGACCGCACCCCCGACAUGCGCGGUGUCGAGGAAAUGUUCCUUCCUCUCGACGACCCUGCCGUGGACAACAAGUACUGGACCCCAGAAGAACUAAAGCAGUUAAAGAGGAAAGAAAUGGAGGAGGCCCUGAAAAAGGUCAACGAUGCCUUGAAGCACUGGGCCAACUUCUUCGGGAAGAGCAAGAAGUACAGGUUCGUGGGCUAUGUCAAGAGAGACAAGGACUGGUUGAAGAAGGAACCAGUGCCCAAGCUGUGUGAGGCGGCGGGGAGGGGCAGGACGCCUAGGUCACCGCCGGAGGAGGAAAAGAAGAAGCACUAGGAGAUGACUCCUGAGGAUGGUGGUAAUGGUAUGGAAAACAGAACAAAUUAAUUUCUUACCC